UCGAAACUGGAGAAAUACAAGACAAUACAACUACGAGCUGACCGCCCCUUACCACACCUUCUUAUUUCCUCACAUCUUAUACCCCUUGCAAAACAUCGCCAUGGUAGGUUCCAUCUACACUACUGUGGUAGUGGCCCUCGAGAGAUACGUUGCCGUUUCCAAGCCAUUCAAUGUUUACAUGGAAAACACAGGAGACGGGAAUAUCUUGAGGUGGCGCAAGCUCUGUCAGUACGUGGGACCAGUGGUGGUAUUUUCUGUCUUCUUCAACAUUCCAACCUUUUUCGAAUUCCAAGUCAUUUCAGAUACCGUCAAUAGCACUACAUCCUCUCGAUUGAUGGUAACUCCCUUGAGGGAAAACUCUGUUUAUAUCCUCUUCUAUAUCAACCUUGCUCGCAUUCCAAUCACCGGACUUCUUCCGUUCUUGGCUUUAUGCAUACUUAACUAUCUCGUAUAUGUCCAUUUGGUCAAACGACGCAAAAACAUUUUGGAAAGUGCGCAUUACGGGCACUACAAAUCCAAAUUCAAUGUUGAGCAUCGCCAGGCACAAACGUUAUUUGGUGUGGCAUUGAUUUUCUUCUUCGGACAUCUUUUGCGAGUGGCCCUCAAUCUCCACGAGUUCUUGGCUCUUCAAUCAGCUUUAAGCUCAGAUGAGCUAAUGCGAUACGGUUGUUACUCACGAUGGCCUUUUUGGUCAAUGGUAUCCAGAUCCGUGUCGAGGCUUCUCAUGACAACAUCAUCAUCUGCCAAUUUGUUAGUGUACUGUGCCAUCAGUGGAAUAUUUCGAAACAUAUUACUGCAAUCCAUAAGAAAGUUAUUACGCCCCUUCUUUGGACCUGCAGACCAACAUAAUCAAAAUAAUCGGGUCUACUCUUUCUCAUCCGCAUGCCGUCGGUCCUACGACACUACAGUGACAUCGAUUCGUGUGACCAUGCUCUGAAUCAUUUGUGAGAGAAAUGUUUUCCCCCAGCAAAAUAUGUGUCAAAAUGCUAAUUCGAAUCAAUCAAUGUAAUAUUCCGCCAACCAGAGAAAAUGUGUUUUUUUCUGGUGGGAAAGUGACGCAAUGGUCGAUUAAUAUUUGAAUCAUUGACAAGGUACUUCAAAUUUACGCUAUUGUUGUUUCAAUAAACAACACAUCUCAAAUGGUUUCAAAGCACCAUAUCAAAUAACAAUGUUUGUUGUUCACAGUCUCUUAUCAUGAAAAUAAAACUCUUAUAAAUUAAA